AUGUCACUAGAGGACGGGGACAGGCGGCUUCCACGGGAGCUGUGUGGAGGUGUCAGAGAAAUCACACACCACUGGUGUCAGGAGAAGUGUUUGGAGGCCGUGCGCUUCACUUUGGUUGACGGAGCGAUCUCUACGCUGCUGGGCGUUCUCAUGCUGGCAGGGUCAGAGUUUGACUUCAUCAUGAGGUAUUUCUUUGCUGUUUUGGCCAUCCUGACUGUUUUGGGAAUGCUGAAUGGCUUGGUUCUCCUGCCAGUCCUCCUGUCCAUGAUGGGCCCUCCGGCUGAGGUCACGCCAGUUGACAAUGCCAGCCGUCUGCCCACACCUUCCCCAGAACCUCCACUGCCUCCACCGAUGGCCCACCAUGGGUACUACACAAGCCAUCACAACCCCCGGGCAGCUCGCCAGCAAGCUUUUUCUGAGUCGUCAGAUUCUGAGUAUUACUCGGAGAUGACCACCACGUCAGGGAUCGGGGAUGAGGAUUAUAAGUACUGUGACCGAAGCGCAUACAUAGCAACACACACCAGCGUUCCACCUGCUACAUCUCACAUACUGCUGGAAGCCAGCAAGAACCCCACCUUCCCCAAGCUUACGGUGGUGAAGCCAUUCAGAGAAAACGCAACGGGCACAGGUGGAAGGAUAGAACCAGCAAGUGAAUCUUCACACAACACACAGUCACCUCUAAGCUCCCAGGUUAUGUGCUGGGAUGGAAACAAGCGGGAACAGCAGCAGGGCCAACGUUUGCCCAGCGACAGAGCUCACUUUCCUGGAAGGACUUGUCAAAGCGGCCCCAGGCUUCAGAAUGGCAGAGGGCCUCAGCCAAACAGGACUAAAGGGCCGAGCUAUAUCAAUAGCAACUCUGCCUUGCCAAUGCAACAAGGCUCCACUGGGGGAGCUGUUACUAUGGUUACGGCCACAGCCUCCGUGACGGUGGCUGUGCAUCCGACCUUGCCGGGGGCGGCAUACCAGGGCUACAUGCAUGAAGGUUUUGACACAGACAGCGAGUCAGACUGUUUUGAGGCUGCUAAGAGGACUUGUGGUGACAAAAAAAACUUUUCUUCAUGUAAGAGAGACUCUCUAGUGCUCCAGGACUUGGAAGCAACACAGGGCCAGGCAGAGCUUGGUGGGUUGAGGAUCCAGGCAGCCAAAGAUUGCUAG